AUGCUCUUAUAUGCGGAUACACAGGAAUCUCUAAUCAUUCAAAUCCAAAAAGCGGUUGAAGAGGCAAGCCUAUGGAUGGAGUUGAAUACAAUGCAACCAACGCCUACGACCGUAAACGGGUUGAAUGAGGAAAUGAAGAAAUGGGAUCCACCUCUUCCAGGUUAUGUCAAAUGCAACAUCCACGCAAACUGGAGAAACGCAAAGCUCCAUAGUGGAGUGUCUUUCAUUGUUCGUGAUCAGAGUGGCAAUGUCCUCCAUCAUGCUAGAGAUGCUAACACUUUCUCUCCGAACAGAGCGACUGCUGAGCUUCGAUGUAUGGUAUGGACCUUACAGAGUUUAAAGGAUUUGGGUUAUCAGGAUGUUGUGAUUGGUUCAGAUUUUCGUGAGAUCGUUGAAGCAAUAAAGAAGCCCCUAGAAUGGCCCUUGUUCAGAAUGCUUCUUCAGAAGAUUAACACUUUUUGUGGUAUGUUCCGUUCGGUAGCUUUUGAGUUAGAGACGGUUUCUUCAAAUCAGAUAGUUAGAGAGAUUGCAAAGAGUGUUCUUCGAGAUGGUCGUUUUCAAUCUUACUUGGCCUUAGGAGGACCGGCGUGGCUUCACCAAAGGAUUUUAAGGGAUGCAUUGUUAAUUAGCUCAUAG